AUGGCGCUUUCACUUCAGUCUACCUACAAGCUUGUUUCGGGCUACGAGAUCCCCGUCGUGGGGUUCGGAGUGAGUACACCUUCUUUUGAGCACCUUGGAAGUCGCAAUUGGAUUAUUAAUAUGAUUUUUGCAGGUCUACCAAACGUACGAUUGCCAACGCGUAACAUAUUCGCCGCAGAGACUGACUCACAUUCGUAUAGGCCCCCUGAUGUUACUGAGAACGUGACCAUUAAGGCAAUCCAGCUCGGAUACCGCCAUGUCGACAGCGCCAAGUACUACGAGAACGAGGCCGAAAGUGCCAAUGCUAUCCGCAACUCCGGACUCGAGCGCUCGAAGAUCUUCUACACCAGCAAGGUGCCCGCGAACUGCAUGGGAUACGAGAAGUCAAAGAAGGCAAUUGAGGCAAGCAUUGCUGAUGCCAACCUCGGCUAUAUUGACCUGAUGCUUAUCCAUGCUCCCUACGGCGGCAAAGAAGAGCGCCUCGGCACAUGGCGCGCACUCGUCGAGGCCCAGAAGGCAGGCCACAUCCGCUCGCUCGGUGUGUCUAACUUCGGUAUCCCUCAACUCGAGGAGUUGGAGGAGUACAUCAAGAACGGAGGAGGUGGCCAAAUCACCGUCGGCCAGUACGAGAUUCACCCGUGGUGCCCUCGUGAAGACAUUGCCCAAUGGCUGCAGAAGCGUAACAUUGUUGUCGAGGCAUACUCUCCUCUUGUGCAGGCCACCCGCAUGAAGGAGCCUGUUCUGCAGAACCUCGUCCAGAAGCACGGUAAGAGCGCUGCUCAGAUUCUCGUUCGCUGGAGCGUGCAAAAGGGAUACGUUCCUCUGCCCAAGUCAGUUACCGAGUCUCGCAUCCUGGAGAACUCGCAGGUCUUCGACUUCAGCCUGUCCGAUGAGGACAUGGCCAGUCUGACGCUCGACUCCUAUGCCCCUGUAUGCUGGGAUCCUGUCCGCGACUGCAAGAUCUAG